CUGACAGCGCGGGCCCCGCCCCCUCCGCGCGUCCCGCUCGCCCCUCCCCCGUCUUGGACCCCGGGCCCGGCUCGUCCUCGCGCCUCGCCCCGCUCCCGGGAGCUCGCGGCCCGCCCGGGUAAGAUGUGGGGUCAGGUCGGGCGUGCUGGCCCUUGGGAGCCGUGUCCCGAGCGCAGCAGCUGCCAGCUGGGAACCAUCAGAGACGGAAAGAGACGUGGUAACUACACCAACACGCUCCGAGAGCUGGCUCAGAUGCUGCCUGUUCCUCUGCACACCAGCUACAAAAAGCUUACCAAGAAGGAAAUCCUGUUGCGCGUCCUCCGCUACAUUGAGCAUCUGCAGGCGAGCAUCAGCACCGCCAGGUCCCUGCUCCGGUGUGGGGAGAAAGAAGAAUUUGGAGCGGGCGCAUCCAGAUGUGCGGAGGUGUCCGCCUGUCAGCGAGGGUGCGGAGACGGCACUCCGCCCAUCACCCCGCGGAGGAGGAGAGCCAAGCUCCUGAACGUUGGCAAGAAACCCCGCAAAGGAAAGCGAUCCCGCAGAUCAGAGUGGCGGGGGGCGAACAAGGAGACGCGUCGGAGCCUGAGCCUGGUGGAAUCGCCCUGGCAGCCUGGGCAGCGCACGGAGGCAGAUCUGCACGCGGCAGGCGAAGGGGCCGUGCUUUCUCCUGGCACGAAGCAGCUUCCGUUCCAGUUCAGCCGAAGGGACCGGGCACUGGGGUCUCGCCGGCUCACAGAAGGCGGCGUUCCUGGCUGUGCAGCAGGGUGUGACCGAGAUGGGAGCCAGGAGGAGGAUGACGUCUGUUCUACCUGCAAGGCUCAGCUGAGUUACCGGGAGCAGCGUCGGUACGACGGGCCGGACCUUGCUCUGCUGGGGCAGGAGCUGGUGCAGUAUUAUUCCUGCGGGGAGGAAGAGGAGGAUGGGCUGGAUGCUGGUCCUUGGCUCUCAACCCAGUCCCCUGUGUGUAGUUCCCAUGGGAGCUUGCUCCUGUGCUCUCCCGGGAGCGGAGGCCAAAUCGGGGCUUGCUGGGCCAGUAAGGAUCUGGGCUUGAGCCCCUCACUGUUCUCCUCUCCUGGACGGCUGCUUCCCGGGCAUGUUCUGCAGGGGGGAACGGAGGAGCUGUCCCAAGGUUUGUUUGAGGACGUAUGUCUGAGCCCAGACUCGGCUGGUUCCUCUGACAGCCUGGCUGGGACCCUGCUGAGAAAGUCCGCCUUCUCGCUGGACCAUUGCUACCUCUCCUACAGCGAGGCGAGUAAAACCGACUCCAGCCCCAGCUCGGGAGUGACGGAGUUCAUGGGGGUGUGGAGCGGGCAGCUCCUCCAGGAGGGUUCCAGCCCCGGACCGGCUCGCUCCGUGUCCUCCAGCGACGAGAACAGCGACAGCACCUGGAUCCCUUACAAGCGGACGAAGCCGCCGCCUGCUGCCGGCCGGAAGAGGAAGAAGGGGGAAGGCGGGCGGCAGCCGGAGGCCUCCAGCAAGUCCCAGUCCCCCUUGCAGCUGAAGAAGAAAUGCGUCAAUGGUUUCAUCAUGUUCUGCCGGCUGAACCGCAAGCAGUACAUCCGUGCCUGCCCAGGGAUGGCGUCCACCGCAGCCACCAGGGAGCUGGCACAGUUGUGGCGCACCAUGACGAAGCAGGAAAGGAGGCCGUACUGCGUCAAGGCCCGGAGGUUCAGCAGGCUGAACAACCGCAUUGUGAAGCAGGACUUCUCCAGCGGGGGAGAGGAGGAGGAGGAGAUGGAGGCUCCUAAGCCGUUUCAUCUGCUGCUGGCCGAGAAAUCCCUCGGCUCCCGGGACCUGGGCCCGCCAGCCCCGCCCCGCUCGCUCCAACACCCAGCCCUGGAGUCAGUGUGACGGAUGGCAACACAGGGCCCCUCCCACCCGGCGUGCUGGGGCCCCCAUCCCCUGAUGGGGCAUCUCUCCCUUCCUUCGGAGACGCCUGCUGCUCCAUCGAAACGAACAAGGGUGCUUGGGAACGGGCACGGGCUACAGCGUGUGUGUUGCCGGUGGGAGACCAGGCUUCGGGGUUUGUAGACUGGCCUCUUGUUUAGCUCUGGCAAGGAGAAAUUGUGGGUGGGUGUGGAGGGGCGGCUCAUGUUUUUAAUUAAAAUCCUAUUUAUUCUGAUAGUUUUCCGCCAUAACUAGACCCCACUGUGCCAAUCAGAGAGAGCUGACCCCAGGCUGACCGUAGAUCCGGUCAAUUCCAAACUGCCCUGUCCAACCAGCUGAGGGAGGGUUGCUUGGGCACAAGGGUAGCCGUGGUUAAGUGGAGGAUUAGAUUCCCCCCAAAAUAAAACCUCCUCCACCGAUUCAGGCCAGACUUGUUUUGGAUUCUGUUCGUUGCUGGAAUAGUUUGACAGCUGUUGUAUGUAUGUAUUUAUUUAUUUAUUGGUUUUAGAAUAAAGCUCAU